UACCAGAAAAGUGUAGUUCCUGUUUGGAGUCAUUUUGAAGUCGUGCUUUUAAGCAGCACUUUGCAUACUGGGAUUAACUAAAUAUUGAUAUUGCAUGACAGCAGAGCUGUGAAGUAGACGUCUCCUCCCUCCUGUGACACAAGCCAAAGACCAUCAUGUGGUUUUAUAUGGGAAAUCCAUCUUCUAAAAGAAAUAACUAUCCUCAAAGCGGAGGAGAACAGGUACGGCACAGGCCAACUCAACGCACUUAAGAGCAGGAACUGAGAUAGCAAACACAGCUAUGGAAUUUCUGGUGUCAAAGAGGAAGGAAAAAUAACUGCAUGAACGUUAGUCAGAGAGGGAAUAAUGCAGAAGUCACCACAUCUAGAACUGCGUUACCGACGGGCUGACUGGCUCAUUUGGCAUCAUGGCAGCGGAGCUCGGUUUUAACGUGGAUCAUGGAUAUCUGGAGGGUUUGGUUCGAGGAAUGAAGGCCGGGAUUCUGACUCAGACCGACUAUCACAGCCUAGCCCAGUGUGACACACUCGAGGACAUGAAGCUUCACCUUCAGAGCACGGACUAUGGCAAACUGCUGUCCUCGUCCGACGAGGACGUGACUGUGUCUCUGAUGUACAACAAGCUCAGGGAGAACCUGGUGACUGAAUUCAACUGCCUGCGCUCCCACGCCUUGCCACCGCUCUCUACUUUCCUCGACUAUAUAACCUACAGCUACAUGAUCGACAAUGUGGUGAUGCUGAUCACCGGGGCCCUGAAACAGAGAGACGUGGAGGAGCUGCUGCCGCGGUGUCACCCACUGGGAGCUUUUGACCAAAUGGCAGCCGUGGGCAUCGCUCGCACCCCAACCGAGCUCUAUUCAACCAUCCUGGUGGACACGCCACUAGGUCAGUUUUUCCAGGAUGCCAUAUCGGAGUCCAGCCUGGACGAAAUGGAAGCUGAGAUCCUCAGAAACAAGCUGUAUAAGGCAUAUUUGGAGUCUUUCCACUCUCUCUGCAAGGACAUGGGAGGUGUCACAAAGGAAAUAAUGUGUCCUGUCCUAGAGUUUGAGGCAGACAGGCGGGCGUUCAUCAUCACGGUGAACUCCUUUGGGACCGAUCUGAGCGCUGUGGACAGGACCGAGCUGUAUCCCACUUGUGGCAGACUUUUCCCAGAGGGGCUGCGACUCCUUGCUAAAGCCGAGGACCAUGAACAGGUCAAAGCUGUGGCCGACUGUUACCCAGACUACAAAACUAUUUUUGAUGACGCCGAACCAGGAUCAGACUUUAAGUCUCUUGAGGACAGAUUCUUUGAACAAGAGGUCAAGCUGAACGUUCUCGCUUUCCUGCAGCAGUUCCACUUUGGGGUAUUUUACGCCUACAUCAAACUCAAGGAGCAGGAGAAUCGCAACAUCGUCUGGAUCGCCGAGUGCGUCACACAGAGACAGAAGUCCAAGAUCCACAACUACAUACCCAUCCACAUGGGCAAAUCAAUCGAGCAAUGAAGAGGCACAGAUGCAUUAAUACACAUAGUUGACAAGAAUGUAUUAAAUGCACUUCAUCAGACGGUAUAAAAAUAUUUGUAUGUUUGUGAGGAUUAGCUGCUGUGGUUGCACUAAAGUCCGUUUUUUAGCAUCUUCAGUGUUUGUACUACAGACCACAGAAAAAGCUACUAGCUAUAGUUAGUGUGUUCACACUCGCAUCAUCGGGAUAAUCCCUACACGGCCAAACAGGACAAAAGUGUAAAUUACAGGAGGUAUAACAAAUAUUAACUAUACAAUGAUGUAUAAAAGCUAAGUAAUGUGGCACAGCCA